CAUUUUACAGGUGAGGACACUGAAGGCCAGAGAGGAGGAGCAUGUGUCCCUUGACACUCAGUGGGGGAGCUGGGAUUUGAACAAACAAGCCCUGUCUGACCCCCAAAUCCUGGGCCACUUUCUGAUGGCCCCAGUGUCUCUUUAUAACCCAGCUUAGGUUUCCGAGCAGUAACAUUAGCUCUGGACUGGUGUCUUGGCGGUGAUCUGGGUUGAUAUCCAUAGAGGGGCUUGGAUGACCUGGCAGACAUUCAGAAAAUGGGACUCCACCUCCUCCCUUCCCUCCACGAGAAACCUUGGAUUCUCCAAAUCCCAGAUGGCCAGGAGCUACCCCAAGGCAAGUGCCAACUGUGUCUUCUAGAGGCCACUGCAGAAAAUACCAGUAAGGACGAAGAACCCCAAAGAAUUGAAAACAGGUGUGGUGUUGUAGUCCCAGCUACUCAGGAAGCCUAAGCAGAAGGAUCGAUUGAGUCCAGGAGUUCAAGAUGCUGCCCAUCACCGACCAACUCCUGCAGCUCCUGGGGCUGCAGAGGACCGCGUUCCGCGUGUACGCCGUCUCCGCGCUCCUGCUCUCCGGGCUCUUCUUCCUCUUCCGCCUGCUGCUGCAGCUCUGGCGCCUCUGCUGGGGCUUCCACGUCACCUGCCGCCGGCUGCGCUGCUUCCCUCAGCCGCCCCGGCGCAACUGGCUGCUGGGCCACCUGGGUAUGUACCUUCCAAACGAGUCGGGUCUUCAGGACGAGAAGAAGGUGUUGGACAGCAUGCACCAUGUGGUCCUGGUGUGGAUCGGACCCGUCCUGCCGCUCUUGGUUCUUGUGCACCCUGAUUACAUCAAGCCCCUGGUGGGCGCCUCAGCUGCCAUUGCUCCCAAGGACGACCUUUUCUACAGCUUCCUGAAACCUUGGCUAGGGGACGGGCUUCUGCUCAGCAAAGGCGACAAGUGGAGCCGUCACCGCCGCCUGCUGACGCCUGCCUUCCACUUCGACAUCCUGAAGCCCUACAUGAAGAUCUUCAACCAGUGCACCAAUGUCAUGCACGCCAAAUGGCGGAGGACUCUGGCAGAAGGCUCGGUGGCCUCCUUUGACAUGUUUGAGCACAUCAGCCUCAUGACCCUGGACAGUCUUCAGAAAUGUGUGUUCAGUUACAACAGCGACUGCCAGGAGAAGAUGAGCGAUUAUAUAUCGGCCAUCAUUGAGCUGAGCGCGCUGGUCGUCAGGCGCCAGUACCGCCUGCAUCACCACCUCGACUUCAUCUACUACCUCACAGCGGACGGUCGGCGCUUCCGCCAGGCCUGCGACACCGUGCACCGCUUCACCACCGAAGUCAUCCAGGAGCGGAGGCAGGCGCUGCGCCACCAGGGGGCCGAGGCCUGGCUGAAGGCCAAGCAGGGCAAGACCUUGGACUUCAUCGAUGUGCUGCUCCUGGCCAGGGAUGAAGAUGGAAAGGAAUUGUCAGAUGAGGACAUCCGAGCUGAGGCAGACACCUUCAUGUUUGAAGGUCACGACACAACAUCCAGUGGGCUCUCUUGGGUGCUGUUCAACUUGGCAAAGUACCCAGAAUACCAGGAGAAGUGCCGGGAAGAGAUCCAGGAAGUCAUGAAAGGCCGGGAGCUGGAGGAACUGGAGUGGGAUGACCUGACCCAGCUGCCAUUCACCACUAUGUGCAUCAAGGAGAGCCUGCGUCAGUUCCCACCUGUGACCCUUGUCUCUCGUCGCUGCACAGAGGACAUUAAGCUUCCAGAUGGGCGUGUCAUUCCCAAAGGAAUCAUCUGUUUGGUCAGCAUCUAUGGAACCCACCACAACCCUACCGUGUGGCCUGACUCCAAGGUGUACAACCCUUACCGCUUUGACCCAGACAAUCCACAGCAGCGCUCUCCGCUGGCCUUUGUGCCCUUUUCUGCAGGACCCAGGAACUGCAUCGGACAGAGCUUCGCCAUGGCAGAGAUGCGCGUGGCGGUGGCGUUGACGCUGCUGCGCUUCCGCCUGAGCGUGGACCGAACGCGGAAAGUGCGGAGGAAGCCGGAGCUCAUCUUGCGCACAGAGAAUGGCAUCUGGCUCAACGUGGAGCCGCUGCCUCCGCGGGCCUGAGUCCCGUGGGCAGAGGCCCAGGCCCCGCCCCUGAGGAAUCAGGCCCCGCCCCAGGUCCUGAGGUCAUAGACCACGCCCCUCGAAGUCUUGGCUCUGUUACUGGAGGACCAGGCUCCGCCUUUGACCAGCCAGUUGGUGCUGGCCAUGCCCCUCAAGGCAGGGCUCCACCCACGAGGGUCUGAUCCCGCCCCUUGAGGUCCAGGUCCCGCCCCUUGAGUUCCCGUACCUGCCCUCCUGCUAGAGGGACCAGCUUCGGCCCCGCCCCCUCGGGCUCAGGCCCAGCCCCCGGAGUAUGAUGGAUUGUUUCUCAGGCCACGCCCCUGCGGAUCAACGUUCCCAGGCCCCGCCCACUGAGCCUUCUGAGGACCUAAGACCCAUCUCUUGGACUCAAGACCCGCCUCCCCAGGCUGGCUUCUAAAUUGAGGACUUGGAAGUUGGAACCUGGGGUCAGACCUUGAACCUGGACAUCACUUUCUUAGACGCCCCCCAUCUCAUAUGGCGGUUUGUUCAGGAGUCAUCCCAGAAAUCGGGCUGUUUUCUUUUGUUUAUUGUAAGCCCAGAUGUAAACUUACAAGCCCCUUCCUACCUCUCUUACUCAGAGGCCUUUUGCUGAGGGUUCUAAUUUUUGAAGAAUAAAAAGAAAGGUUUGCAAACACCCCCUCCUACCCUCAUCCCCUAGCCUGCCAGACCCUUACACCUGGAGCCCAGGAUGGGAAUGAGGGGCUCUGGGCAGUUGGGAAGCAACUGAGGGAAGCUGUGUGAGGGGUAGGAGGCUGGGAAGUCAUUUGUCCUAGGACGUAAACUCAGCUUUUGGGGGGACGGUUUGUACACUCAUUAAUUUUGUUAAUAGAAUGUAGAGUUUGGGAGAAGCAGUGUGUGUGGGGGGUGGUCUAGGUUUGGACUUGAGCCCCUGGAUACAGGGAACUGUCACCAACUGACAUGAAGGAACGCGAGUGGAGUAAGUUAUUUCUUUGAGUAUGAGCUCAGGAUAUCAGUUUUGGCUGGGAGGAGUUGGAGAUGUCAAACAGGUGGUUGGCUAGAUGGUUCUUGAACUUGGGAGAUUCAUGUUUGGGAGUUGUAUGUUUUGGAAGUCUCAGCCUCUAAAGAACUAAGGCUGAGUGGAAUUUGUGUGUGUGUGUGUGUGUGUGUGUGUGAGAGAGAGAGAGAGAGAGAGAGAGAGAGAGAGAGAGAUAUGAGAGAGAUGCAUGGAGGAGGCAUUAAGGACGGAGCCCUGGGAAGCAUGUCUCCAAAGUUAGCAGUGGUGAGACUGAAAUGGAUUGCAUGAUCCUAUGUGCUCUUCCUAUGUUCUCAUUUAAUCUUCAUACUGAUUGAUGAGAUCACUUUAUUGUUUCAUUUAACAGAGGUGAAAACUGAUACCCCAGAGGGAAGCAACUCACUCAAAGUCCUAAAAAUACCUUAUGUUAGGGCCUCAGCAGGGAUCCUGAGUCCUUUUCUGCCCCAUCGCUCAGAGUCCUGGUCCCUGCUUAGGCCUCCAGUCUUUCUGCUUAGAAGCUGGUGUCAACAGGGGCUCGGCUGUGUCGAUGCUGGAGGCAGCAGCCUGAGGUGUCCUGCUGGCAGCAGGUUCUGGGAUGGUGGUCCAGAACCCCCUGUCUGGGGUACUCUGGGAUUGAAUGGUAGUGUGUGGUCCCUGCACCCUGCCCUUUUUGCUAGAGCUAUUUGGCCCUUGCUGCUGCUGUUGCUCCCACAACCCUGUUCUGAUGGAGGAUUUUCAACUUGCGUCGUCUGCCAAACAUCCCUUGGCCUCCUUUGAAGCAACCCUGUCAUCUUGCCAGCAAGAUACUUUGGUCUUGAGAGCCAUUACUUCCUGCUCUGCCCCUUCUUGGCAGAGGCCAUGAGCACAUGACUGCCUCUCUCUGAACUCAGUUUUCCCUUGUCACGUGGAUCUUACAGGAUCAUUGUACUUGUAAUGAACACCCACUAAGAGCUGCGAGGGGGAAUCAACUUCAUUGGGAGGGAGGAGGAAAGAUGUGGAAUCACUGAGUCCCGGGGACUCUGCUACACCUGCGUGUGUAAUUCUAAUAAUACAACCAGGCUGGGUCUCCUUACUGGCUGCUGAGGACUCUCCUUCCUCUUUUAAGCGGGAAUGACGCUCCCUCUGCUGGCCAGUUCCGAAACAACAGGCUCUAAGGAAUUAAUUCUCUACUAAUUCAACGUUUACGUGUGCACUGUGUGCACGCGUGGCUGUGUAUGCAUUUAGACGACUGUGUGUCAUAUGUAGGUAUGUGUGUAUGCAAAUGCAUGUAUGUGUGUAUCUAAGUGUAUUUGUGUGUGCCAGUGUGUGUGCAUGUGGGUGUGUGUUGAGAGCAGAGGUGAGAGAACUACCCACUGAACAACUGUGUGCACACCAGGCUCUUAUCAUGGCUAGAAGCCGCUGAGAGAGCCCUGCCUGUGCCCAGUCCUGACCCUUGCAGUGCAGGCAGGACAUUCUGGAGACACUGAAUACUGGUGGAUGGAUCAGGGUGGAUAAAGAGCCCAGCUCCCUUGCUUUGGGUGAGGUCACUCAGGUUCUGUCUACCUCCUGGAGCUCCCCAGCAGGACUGAGCCCUGUCACCCAUAGUGGAAACGUCCUAUAUUAAGCUCCCUUUAACUGCUUCCUUCUCUUUCCAUCCCACUUUGUGUUUCUUGGGAUCACCUCCCACAGAGACAACUUGCAGUUGAAUUCUUGUCUUGAGGUCACCUC